UUAUGGACUCAGUUGCAAAUUUCAAGUAUUCUUCAACACAUCAUGAUGUUCAUUUAUUCUUCCUUUGCUAAGCACUUCCCAGACGGCUUCUCUUCACCGAGCCAAACUCCCAACAAACCAACGCACGCAGACAUGAACGCAGCAGCAGCAGCACCCGGAGGCUCCAAGGCCGCUCCUCCCAAGUUCAAGCAGAAGGAGACCAGGCAGUUCAAGAGCAAGGCUCCUAAAGCCGGACAGAAGGGAUUUGAUGAUGUCCCGGGGAUGGAGGGCCUUGGAGAUGCGGCAGUCGUCUGCCCCUGGGAGGCGUUUGGUGACAUGGAGCUGUGUGAUCUGGCCCAGUUUGGCAUCGUCUAG